GGAGUUAUGCGAUGAAUACAACAGGUCACCAGUUUUUGCCAGUGUAAAUAUUGACACAAAAAAUACCUAUGUACAUGUAAAAAUGGAGAUUGGAGAGGAGCAUUUAAAAAAGGAACCCAAUAAAGGUUUUCUAGAUGACAUUAAAAAGGAAUUCAGUGUAGAAGAAGUCUUUAAUGAUCGGCGAAUUGGGGAUGGAAUAGUGAAAGCAAAAAAUGUCGAAGUAUUUCAAAAUCAGCCCACAGUAAUCGAGGAUGCAGUAGAGAAUAUUAAAAAGGAGUUUAAUUUAAAGGAAGUUCUCAGUGAUAAAUCAAAAGAAGACAUAGUAACAGAUAAGGAAAAAUGUCCAAAUCAGGAGCACAUGACAGUAAAAGAAGUUAUAGAGAAUAUGAAAAAAAAUAAUGAUGUAAAUGCUAUGACCAAUGAUAGAUCAAAGGAAGAGAAUAUAGAGGUGAUGGAAGAUGAAGAAAAAGGGCCAAUUAAAGAGAUCAAUUCAGUCAAAGAAAUAAUAGAUAAUGUGAAAAACGAGCAUGAGAAUAUGAUCAAUAAACGUUUAACACAGAAAGAUGAGCAAAGACCAGAUGAAAGGCAUGUAGCAGUCAAAGAUUUAGUAGAGAAUAUUAAAAAGGAAGUGCUUGGUGAUAUUCCAAAGAAUAUAGAGGCAGAAGCUAUGUGUUUAAAUGAGGAAGAAGCAGUAAAAGAUAUAAAAGUGGAGAAUAGUGAAAUGGACGUACUCAACGACAAUCUAAAGGAUUUAGGAAAUGAAAAAUAUGUUAAAGAUGGGGCAGAGUCAGGUGAUCUGUAUGAAGAUGUGCUCCGAGCUUUGAUGGACUCGAGUUUGGUGAAGGAUGAGGUUGAGCCGGAAUCCGUGCUGCAGGCUAUGAUGGUGUCUGCUGUUCAAGAUUGCUGCAACAGGGCCUGCUCGGUCCGCCUGGAGCGGCUCGUGGUGAACGCGAGACAGCGCACCUGCCGCGUCGGCCGCCGCCACUACAAGCUCGGCCCUCUCUCCACCGGAUACCACCUCCGGCGCUCCCGAACAAACCCCCGCACAAACACUUCCGAACGACUUAACAGUGCUGUAGAGAAGUAUCAGUGCAACGACUGUGGCAAAAGUUUCAAAACUAAAAACGUUUUAAGCAAACAUAUACACACUCAUUCUCGACACGUUCGUAAUUCAAAUGGUAAAUUUGUCUGUGAUUUCUGCGGUACCACAUUUGAUAAUAAAGUAGACGUUGUAAAGCACGAGAAAAAACAUGGAGUUAUCACUUUCAUGUGUUCAGAAUGCGAGUUUACAACAGAGAACAAGAAAACUUUACAAGCACAUGUCAACAGUCAUUCUGUUAAUAGCGUUUUUUAUUGUAAGCAAUGUAGCUACAAAAGUCCUAGUAUAACUGCUUUACAAAUACAUAAAGCAAUACACAGGAGUGAGAGACCUUACGCAUGCGGCCAAUGCGAUUUCAGAACUAAAACGGAACGUGCUAUUCAAAUUCACCAGCUCGUGCACGCGACAGAGAAACAAUAUAGCUGCGACAUGUGCAGUUACAAAAGUAAAAGAAAAGGAGACUUGCGAACUCACAGUGCUGUGCAUACCGGCGAGAAACGAUUUGAAUGUCAUGACUGCGGGUACAAAUGUUAUGCAAAAGGUGACUUAAGUAAACAUAUUGUAAUCCACACUGGACAGAAGCCCUAUGGAUGUACUCAAUGCGACUAUAAAUUUAGUCGCAUGUCGUCUUUACGAGUUCACCAAUUGACACACUCUGGAGAUAAACCUUUUGCGUGUAAAACAUGUAACUAUAAGGGUAAAAGAAAAAUAGACGUGAUUAAUCACGAAUUGAUACACUUAACUGAAAAUCCCUUCAAAUGCAGUCACUGUGCUUUCACGUGCAAGCAGAAAUGGCAAUUAAAAAAACAUGAGAUGAAACACACCGGUGAGAAAACAUUCAAAUGUAGCCGUUGUAGCUACAGAGGUUAUGGGGAAAAUGACUUAAAAGUUCACGAGAGAAAACAUGUAAAUGGAGACGUAAAGAGUAUAAAGACUUUUAAAUGUACCUACUGCGAUUACACGACAGCUGUUAAAAAGACCUUACAAGUUCACGAAAUGAGGCACACCGGUGAAAAACCAUUUAAAUGCAACAAUUGCGACUAUAAAUGCAGCACGAAAGGCGGCAUGAGAGAACAUCAGAAAGUACAUACAGAUAAAAUAUCCUUCAAGUGUACUCAUUGUCCUUAUACUUGCAAAUGGCAAAGAACCUUGAAACACCACAUGAUGACCCACACGGGUAACGAAACUUAUAAAUGCCAAUUUUGUGGUUAUAAAGCUUCUGUGCGUAUAGAUAUGGAUAGGCAUCAGCUGAUUCACACAGGAGAGAAACCGUUUCAGUGUAGUUACUGCGCGUUCCGGUGCACGCGCGAGACUCACUUGAAGAGUCACGAGAUGAUACACACGGGGGAAAAGCCUUAUCAGUGUGUACUGUGCGAAUUCAGGUGCCGACACCUAUCAGGUCUCAAACGUCACAUCCUACUACACACUGGGGAAAAACCCUUCCGCUGCGAAGAGUGUGGGCACAAGACUCGCCAGAAAGUAGAUUUGUUAAGGCAUGUGAGGAAACACCAUGGAGAGGGGUUGUAUGAGUGUGGCGUGUGUGGGUAUAAGGGGACAACGGAAGCAGAUGUUAAUGUUCAUAUGAAGACACACAACACGUAUGAAGUUGAAACACACGAAACGCUUACAGAGAGAUGAUUCAUAUGAUAUGGAAGUCGAUCCAUUAGAAGACAAUAAGAUCUGAGUGCACGCUCAUAUUGGUCGUGCAGCAAAAUCAUUAUGUCAACAUUAGAGAUGGGCCGAAUACGAAUAUUCGGCCGACCAUUCGGUUCAGCUGUUACCGAACCGAUCAUUCGGUUGAGCCUUAUUUUAAAUCCUGGCUUAGAGUUAAAAACCUUUCAAUUAUUGCUAAUGAGCACACAUUUUUCUUAAUUUAGUGCAUAAGAAAAUUUUGGUUUUUGUUUCUUAAAAUAAGUUGUUUUUACUUUUUUUACAAAAUUAUUGUAUUUUAUAUUUUAACGCAUUUUGAACUCCCUUUGGUAGUUCCUUAGAAUGCUGAAAUAGGGUGUCAUUAUCCGAUGAAUUACGAAACAACUUACGCUAUUUAUUAGUUUGUUUAUUCGGCAAUGUAAGCGAAGUAUUCGGCCGAAUACGAACAUUGAAAACCUUGCCGAAUACCGAAUAUUCGGCCCAUCUCUCAAGAUUAUCUGUUUUUAAGUUUACAUGCACAGUAAAAACAUACACGAAUGGCUGGUGCAUGCUUAACCCUUAAAUGCAUAGUGAUGUAUAUAUACAUCAUGCGUUUUUGACUUUAAUGACAGCAUGUCAAAAUUCAAAUUUGAAUAAAUCUUUGUCAAGGUCAUGCAUCUAAGGGUUAA